UUUCUUCCUCUUUCUCUUCUUUCUCUCUUCUCUCCGCGGCAACACACCACCACCACUAAGACCCAACUUCCGGCAACCACCAUUUUUGGCAUACGGCGGCUCAUUGGAUUCGCCUUGCUCCGGCGACCUCAACCACCAAGCGGCACCGCCCAACUCGCCGUAAGUUGUUCGGAAUAGUCAGUCAAAGUUCUGGUCCGUUAACUUUGACUGUGUUUUCCGGCCAACUCCGACCACCACUCGGCAAGUGGUUGGUACCUUUGGAACCAGCGUGGAGAGAGGAACAAAACCCACUAGGUCAUUCCGGUCAACUCACUGUUUUUCUCCGGCAAGAUUUUGGGUAUCUCUACCUUUUUGGAAGCGUUUUCCGGCGACACCGGAGGUCAUUUGGGAAAAGGAGUUGUACUUUCGUGAUGUACUCAUAAAGAUGAUCGUUUUAAUAUAUGUCAUGCAUAUAUUCGUUGACGUUUCCGGUACCGCCACCAACCGCUAUUGUGCACCGUUUGGGUGAGGAAAAACGUGAUAUUAAAAUCGCACUAAAUCACUCUAAGUUCAUCGUUAAGCUUAGGAGCGUCGCUUUGGGCUCGGAUUAAAUUCUAAGGAGGUAUCUAAAGAGUGAUCUCUCUUGCAACUACCUCAAUGGAUCAAUCCCCCCAAGCCUUUCUCGUGCACCCCUGCGCAUUCUGGGUGUACUGGGAAACCGACUCAGUGGUUCCAUUCCUCCAGAGAUUGGUAACAUUAGAACGCUCAGGGAGCUAAAUUGAAGGAGUAUCUAUUGGAAAUUUGGUCACUAGAGUAUUUAUAAUUUUGUGGCAUCAAGAUGUCAGCAGAUGUGGCUAGAGCUCACGGUGGAGACGCUGGCGGUGAUCCUCCACCGGAUCCUACUAGGAUCCCGACUACAUGCGACUCAAGAAUCCCAACUAAGAGAAAGGGUCGUGGCGCAGCUAUUGGAAAAGAUCUAGAAGAGAGGCAGCGUAAAAAUGGAAAACCACUGGAAGUAACGUUUUGCCCACGAUCCUACAAGGUUGUUGGGGGCGAGCACGCUGCUUUUGUCCGCCUUGUGGGAACCCAAAUUAAAACGAAAGUUCCCGGACAUUACGGUUCAUGGGAAUUAGUGCCUCAACAAUACAAGGAUCAGGUCCUUGCCAUAAUUCAGUACUAUUAUCAAAUAGCGGGCCGCGAGGAUUUCUUAAAGUGUUUAAAUGGUAUCGAUCGAGAGAUGAAAGACCGAUACCGUAAUAGGAAAACACUAAGACACGAACACUUUGAGAAAUACUACAAUGGACCGGAGGAUUGGGAUAAGGUUCUAAACAACCCAACCGAUGAUGUUAACAAGGAGGAGUGGAAGCAGAUUUGUCAGUUAUUUACAAGUCCACAAUUUAUUGCGCGCUCCAUAAAGAAUAAGGAAAAUCGGAAGAAACAAAAGUAUUCUACAACACAGGGUACAAAAUCGCUGGCAGCCGUCCGUUUUGAAAAAACGAACCCGGACCUCAUUGAGUCAUGGAAGGAUUAUCAUUGGAAGAAAUCAAAAAAUGAUUUCGUGAACGAUGAUGCUCGCCAAGAUUAUGAAAAACUGAAGACUGAUUUUGAGUUACGAACUCAGCAAACAUCCACUGAUGCUUCUAAUAAUGAUAGUCUGUCAUCAGUUGAUCAGGUGGAGGUGCUACAAAAAGUAUUAGGCCAAAGGCGUGGACAUGAGCGAGUAGUAGGCCGCAAAUUGAAGGGGUCGGGGUCGAGGUCGGGGUCGAGGUCAUCAUCUACCCAACACUCUCACUUCAGCGAGUCUCAAGUUCCUCCUCAUCAUUCAAGAGAAUAUAUAGAAAAUCUGGAGAAUAAUUUACAGAAAUUGACUGAUCAAGUUAAUUUCUUAACUCAAUAUUUUGUACCUUCAUUUCGUCCACCAAACGUUCAGAUGCCGCAUGUGCCUGAUAGUGACAAUACUUCUAGGGCUUCGUCUUCUCAACCUCCAGCUCCAACUCAUCCUUCUAUGUACGGGGCAGCGCCGUCUUAUCAUAUGGUACCUCCAUAUAUGUACGGAGCAACAUCUUAUCCGUGUCCGAUUCCACCGUCCUCCCAGCCAUCGUAUCCCUACAUGUAUGGAGCUGGAUCGUCCACAUUACCUCCCCAAUAUCCUUGGCCGAUGCCGCCACUGCAGCAAUCACAACCACAGCCACCGCAACAACCACAACAAGAAGACAAUGGGGAGGAGGACGAGGCAACUGAUUUAGGAGAUUAAGUUUAUAUUUUUAUUAAUUAUUGUUAAAUUUUAUGAACAAUAUGAAUAUUUGUUAUGUUAAUGUAUUAUGAAUAUAUACAAUUGUUAUUUUAAUAUA